AUGGUUGCUUCUCGAGGAGCUAACCCCAGCUCUCUCUGGCGCCCUCGCACCCUUCUCUCAUCACCACGCAUUGUUCCUUCUCCGGCUCGUUUUCUGUCAUUCAAUCGCAAUCCGAUUACUCCCUACAAUGGUCGACUCUCGGCAAAUAACGGUGUUUCGGCAUCACAUCUGCUAUGCAAGGUGACCACCAACAAAUCAUCCUCCUCCUUAUUUUCGACAUCUUCGUCUUCGCUGCUAUCCGACUCGAACUGGGACGAGAAUCCGAACUUAUCAAUUACCAAUUUCUCGGAACUUCCCUCGAAGGACUUCGGAGUCAACCAGCACAUGAUCAUAAACCAAGAUUUCAAGGAGGCUUUGCGAAUGAUCCUUUGGCAGUUCAAAGCACCAAUUCGAUAUGCAUUUGCUUAUGGAUCGGGUGUCUUUCCGCAGAAUGGCAGUGGAGCUCCGUCCAGCUCACUUCACCCCUCGGCACCCACAGCUAUCCAGAAUAUGCAAAAGGGCUCCGGGAAGAUGAUCGACUUCAUUUUCGGAGUGUCAUACUCCCAGCAUUGGCACGAUCUCAAUCUGAACCAACAUCGUGAUCAUUAUUCUGGAUUGGGCUCGAUGGGGUCUUACGUGGUCUCCCAAGUACAGGACCGCUUUGGUGCGGGUGUCUACUUCCAUCCUUAUAUCACCGUGAAUGGGACGAUGAUAAAAUAUGGUGUAGUGAACCUAGAUACAUUAUGUCGAGAUCUCACCCAGUGGGACACCAUGUAUCUCGCCGGUCGUCUGCAGAAGCCCGUCAAGAUCUUGCGGGAUCACCCGAAGGUGCGAUUGGCUAACCAGAUGAACCUGUUGUCGGCUUUGCGGGUCGCACUACUGCUACUGCCAGAAAGAUUCAGUGAGUUCGAGCUAUAUAGCACAAUUGCAGGUAUGAGCUAUAUGGGAGAUCUGCGCAUGGCCCUCCCAGCCGAGGAUCCCAGCAAGGUGCGAAAUAUUGUUUCAGGACAAAUGGCGCACUUCCGCCGGCUCUAUGCCCCCCUCAUUGACACUCUGCCCAAUGUCACUUUCCAAGAUCCCCGCUGCAACAACGAUGAUUGGAUUGAUGACCCGAACGUCAUCUUAGCCAUGGAGCAAGAUAUGGAUCCGGUAAAGCGUGGUAACAUGGUUCGUCGUCUGCCUGAAUCUUUCCGGCAAAAAUUGUACUUCCAAUACCAGUCUCGCUUUGGAAUUCCUCGAGCCGAUUUCAAUAAGAUGAUUCAGGAGAGCAAGGAUGCAGAUGAGGUUCUUCGCCGGCCUCAAGGUGGUUCGUUCGAGCGACGGAUUGCCGGUGAUGAUUUCCUUCAGGAGGAGGUCUCCAAGUCCAUUGAGAAGACAAUUCGCUGGCCAAGUACUGUGCAGACGAUCAAAGCGCCGUUCACGGCAGGCCUUGGUAAAAGCUGGACUUACCUGAAGGAGAAACGCGACAAGCACAAGAAAUCCCAGAUGGCAGCCGCUUCAGCACUUGAAACCCCUCCUGGGGUGAAUAAGUCCCCCACUCCGGCACACAAGCCGUCAGAGCCGAAGGAAACGAAGAAAGAAUAG